UAGGCUUAGGCACCCACGAAGGGAGGGGUGGACACAAAUAAGCUCCUUAUCUUCAUUUCUUCCCCUCUGGCUCUGGCUCUGGCUCUGAUCUACAAGCAGUACAGACUCUCUAUUUGCAUUUUGAAUUGGAACAACCACAAAUACAGGGGCUGCCUUCAGGCAACAGCUAUACCUAGCUUAGCUACCCUCUCUCUCUCUCGCUCUCUCUCAGAGAAAGAAAGCUUAAUGGCUGAAGCUCUCAUGAGUUUCACAGUUAUCCACCACUGCCCUCUCCAACCAGCCGCUGCAGCAGCGAAACUAGUGGACUUCAACCCCACAAUAUUCAAAUCAUCACUUAGGCCUUGCUCGAGUUCCAGGCCAGCAAAUAGCAGCUGGAAUCAGAUUGAAGGCAACAGUAGCAGGAGGGCUAGAAGAGGGUCGCUUUUGAGCAAAGCGAAAGCUUUACCGGCAGCUGCAGACUGGAUGCCACUAAUGGCAGUUCUUGUGGAGCAUAUGGAAGGCCAAAGAGACCUCAUAACACACAAAUCUGUUUGGCACCUCAACGAUGAAACCAUAAAGAACGUUUAUACUUUUUACAUCAUGUUCACAUGUUGGGGAUGUUGCUUCUUUGGUUCCACAAAAGAUCCAUACUAUGAUUCAGAACAAUAUAGGAAGGAUGGAGGAGAUGGCACUGGUCAUUGGGUCUACGAAAAGCAAGAAGAUAUAGAGGAAUCUGCAAGAGCAGAACUGUGGCGGGAGGAGCUAAUAGAGGAGAUAGAGCAGAAAGUUGGAGGGCUACGAGAGCUGGAGGAGGCAGCUAAGAAAGAGGAGGAACUUGUCUAGUUACUUUUCUUCUUCUUCUUCUUCUUCUUCCACAGAGUGAUCUUCCCCUUCCUAUCUACUUCUAUUCCAAAAGUUAGUUGUUUAUAUUGCAAUCAACGCCUUCCACUCAUUUCUACUUAUUUAUGGUCCACAUUUCACAUACUAACAUCGAAUCUUUUUUUUAAGAUUAAUUACACUCACGCUCCUUGAGAUUAGAUAAAAUUUAGAGACUCAUGUCAGUAUCUUAAAAAAUUAUAAUGAGCUCCUCUCUUGUUAAGAAAAUGUGAAAUGACCAUUUUUUC